AUGGCGGAGAACGGAGGAGAAAACCGGCUGCGCCUGCAGAGGAGGUCGGCGACGUCCUCGGACGUCGCUUUCCGCGAGAACACUCCCUCGUCCGCAAAUCGCGUAUUCUUUCUUGUCCCAGCCGGAGCCCUCUCGGACCAGGCGGGCCCUGGCAGCAUGUCGUUUGAGUCUCCGCGGUUCGCGGAGCCUCCGGACGAAGGCGGCCCGGGCGACUCCGCGGCUGACGACGAUGACGAUCCGAGAGGUCUUAAACUCAACAGUGACUCAGUUCAAGUGCUCAAGGACAGAGCACAAGGCUGCUUCCCCCGGCCCCCCGAGUUCGGCGUGCCCCCUCCUCCUCUGCCGCCGGGCCGGUGCUCGUCCGGUCGUCGCGCGGCCGGCGACGAGCUGCAGUUCUGCGAGGUUCGUCCCGUGGGCGCCGAACUGACCACGCCCUCGGCCUUUCCCUCGCUGCCCGUCAUCGCCGUCUGCUCCUCGGUCGUCCUCGUCGCCGUCCUCGUCGCUUCGUUCCUCCUCUGGAAACACAAGAAAAAGGUUCAGAACUUCUUGCCCUGCAAGAGCCCCCACCAGGGCGUGCCGUGCGACCUGAGCGCCGCCAACGGCGCGGCGUACAGUGACAUCCUGCUCAACCACCACCACCCCACCCGGCUGCCCGCUCACCUCGUGCACGGAACAGACACGCACACGCUCACGCCCAUCGAGUUGCUGGACGUCAAGUACGGCAGUUACGGCGCCCCACACCUCGCCCCGCUGACGCAGACCAACUACACGUUCCGGCCGGCCAGCCUGCGCCCCCAGGACCACCCCGCACAGCAGCGCACCCCGCAGCCCGCCACCUUGCACCACGCCGGCUCGGCUGGCCGCCGGUCUGCGCCAGGCACGUCGCAGCGUCCGUCGCACAAGUCUUCCAGCAGCCGCACGGCGUCGUCGCGCCGCUCCCACCGCGGGGCCAACAGCGAGCAGUUCAACCCGAUCUACGAGGAGGUGUCGGGCCGCUCCAAGUCUAGGAGGGGCUACCGCCACCACGACAGCGAGGACAGCGAAGAGGACGAAGCGAGGAGCCUGGGCAGCGAGGACGAGUUCGCUGAGGAUGAACUCAGCCUGGGCGAGUACCCGAGGCCGGCCGAGUCGGCCAGCAGCAGCCUGCAGGGCUCCACGGGCGGCGACCUGUGCCCGCCGGACGCCGAGCCGAGGUCCGGCCGGCGGACCAAGCCGAAAGCCAAGCAUAGCCACUCGCUGGAGCGCAACCGCAACAAUGCGACUGGACUGCAGGCCAAGCACAACUACUACCUGAGCAAAUCGGCGCUGGCGUUCGAUCAACGUAACCCGGGUCCGUACAGCUCGGUCGACUUGAUGCAGCACCCGCACCAGGACAGUUCGCCCCCCGAACCGGCUCCCGGCGCAGUCAACUUCGGCGCCGCGUCGCAGGCCGGUUUCAUGAUGGGGCCUGACUGCCAGUACCCGCCGGCGACCAGUGCACCUUUCUCGACCUUCUUGCCGUGCGGCGCCGUCCAGGAGGACAACGCGGCCGAAGGAGACGCGGAGAACAUUUAUGCGUCCAUCGACGACGACGAGGUCGCGGCGGGACCGUACACCAUCGGUGGCGGCGGCGCCAGGGUAGCCGCAAAGCCAGGACAAGGUGCUCGGACAGUGGCCAAGGAGGCAGCCGUGGUGCCGUCGUACGGUGACAUUAGGCCCGUUUUCCCGGCCGACCAAAGUAGUCGGACUCUGUGCACGUGAUGGGCGCGUCCAAGUGUGCGUGUCGUGUGCUCGUCGUGCGUGGCGACACACUGACUCGAACGUGGCGUUUUGUUUUUAACCUGAGCCACAGGAUGUUUUACCGUGUGUUCUUUUUCCUAAUUGCCAGCGUAUCUGCCAGUCGAGCAGGCAACGCCGUUUCGCCGCCUCAUUUGUCGUCGAAUGAGGCGUCCCGCAAAACAAGUCCACUUGUCCUCGAUGCAUCGAAAGCGAUACCCCCCUAGUCGUCAAGAACUGUUUCUCGGAGAGUCGUCUUUCGAUUUUUACUCUUCCCUAUCUGCCUUCAUUGAGGGCCACGUGUCCGGUGCUCGAGUCAAACCGGCGAGCAGAUGGCGUGCACCACCGAGAGCAGAUAAUCGCAAUAAUCACUCCCCCGCACGGAGGCUACGCAAUAUGCGCACCCACUCUCUUCAUCCGUGUUAGGGGAAGUAUGUUACUUUUUUUUUCUUGUAGAAAUAGCUCCCCAUCAUUCUCUUUCCCGACCCCCCUUCCCAACACUGCGGUGACCUUUAGCCGUGCUGUCCUUGGACAACCUGUCGGUUUGGACAUCGUCUCACGGUUGUGGGCGAGUCUUGCGCCUUCGGCGUACUCUAGUAGUAGUAACGUAUUGCGCUUAUUUAAAUAUCUCACAGAAACUAUGCAGUGAAUGAGUGUGCGUGUAUGCAGUUGUGUUGCACCCUAGGCAAGCAGGGCUGUCGGAGGUCUUUCUAACGCGUCCUCGUUCUGGGGCAAGUGAUGCUCGCUGUCGAGGGGGUGCAUAUCAACGUUCUCAUAGUUUCUCACCCUCUCUCUUUUUAGGGGAAAGAGAUCGCGUCAUUCUUUCUUGACUGGCAGCGCAACGCUGCCGUAAAAGCUCGGUAAGCAGACACUGAAGAUGAGAAUAUCGGGGCCACACCCUAGAGUAACAUGCAUAUUACUUGUGUAUGUUAUUUAUUCUUUAUUCAGAAAUACGCUGCGGAGUGGUUGUAAUGAAAGGGAAAUGAAGAGAAAAGCGCGUCGUCUCUCUCUCCUUUGGCCAAAGGCGCGUAAGCAGAGGGUUACAGCUUGGGAAAAAGUCUUCGUUAAAACGGCAGACUUGGUCACAAUUGAUUCCACUCUUGUAUAGUACGAACAAAACCAUGUUACUCUAUGGGUAAGGGGCAUGUUACCGUACCCAUCGGCUGUGCACCUUGAAAAUGGUUGGCACUUCAUUCGUCACAAGCAUGGCCUCCUUUGACACAAUAUAGCGACAAAAUGUGUACUUUUUUGGCAUAACAUUAAAAAAAAAGCCAUGCUUCUUAUUUUUCGAAUAUGUUGGCCCAUAAUGUUUACCGCGACUCAAGUGCCAUACAGUUUCCUUUCAAGCGAGAGCAAAUAUGCGCUUUACCAGAGCAGCGUAACAUUCCCUUUCAUCUUUAACGAUCAAAAUCUUCGUCGUGAAAUCAUAUGCCCGUAUCAUCGUAGAAUGAAGAGUGUGCACUUAGACACAGACACCAUACUCGCGUCGUUGGCAAUACCCGAACCGGUAGUUUAAUUCGGACAGCAUUCAAGUCUGAAAAUGUUUACUGGCGCUUCUGCGCGGCCAGUCUUUUUUUUUUUUAGUAAAGUAUUCAAAUAAUUUGAAUAACGUGCUAUGCCCAGCGGUCAGACAGCGAGCCCAGCGGCCAGCUCUCACUUAUCAAGAUGGCCGACGACGAGCCGCUGAGAAAUGCGCUGUUCCGAAUUGAGCGGCGUUGGUGUGUGCCCCCCGAGUGCUAGGCGGCAGUCUCUCUGGUCGCGACGCCUGUUUAGUAUGCAAGAUGUGCGUUAACGACCCCAAGGAACCGGCCGACGAUGGCGCACUCGUAACGAGCCCCGCACGUGACGCUUAAUUGCUUCUGCCGGAGAGAACCAACCCUUGUGAUACUGUUGACAACCUUUGCGCGCAUGUGUGCAACCCUCAUUCCUCUCUCCCUGCGCUUUUUUCAAAUCAAAUUAGACCCAGCGAAUCGGGAAAGAAAGCUUUCGAGACGGGAAAGGCCUCUCUCUGUAUUAGAAGCUAAGUCGUGCAAAAAUGGACUCAAGAGAACAAGAUAGCCAGUGCAGCUGCAAUACCAGCUACAUACUGAAAGAUGGAUAGCUAAUAGGCCAUCUUACGCCUCACUGCAAUUUAGGAUAAUCGAUGUCUGAGCUGGUUCGUAAUUGUUAAUUCUAUGUGAAAGACUAGUCGUGCCAACACGGAGUCAAAAGACACCACAAAUGGCGUUGGCUAGGCCGGUCUUUGUUUUUUUUUUUUUUUUUUUUUGAGGAUCGUUUUAGUUUUGACGUAGCCGGCGAAACGGGCAGCUUUGCGAAGACAUCGUCGGUGAUAAUUAUGGUGCAGAUUACAUUGCUCUCAGAACAAGAUGGCGCCUUAGAGGAAUGCCUGUGUCAAGCCGGUAUGCUCGUCUGCCCUGAACUAGCCGCUUUCUUACGCGCCUAAUGUAAGGUGCGUUCAGUUUUUGAUAGUUUUUGAUAACGUGAAAGAAGCUUAAAAAAAACUGCAGUUUCUGUUUGCUUUGUUUAACCGUCUGUGGUCUACGCGAGAUUUCGUCAUGCAAUGCGUUGAAUCGCAUUCCGUGUUCGACGCUUUAUUUUAAGCUGGCAUAGAUGCUGUUUGCGAUGUUGCCCGAAAUAGUAACAUACGCGCUAGUGAAAUGGCAUGACAAGUUAUCGAUUGAAUCAACUCGCAUAAAAAAGAAACGAAAUGCCCGAA